AUGAGGUCUUCACGAAUAUCAAAAGACACAUCCAAACUAUUUGGCAGCGCACCCGUUACCCGAACAUCCCCGCCACGCCGCAUCACCCGAUCCCUCUCACGAUUCGUCUACGCAAGCACGUCCUCAACCUCCUCGGACCAAAAUGUCUCCAGAACCCCCGACAUAGAAGACAGCAUAAGCCCGCCCCCCAAGCGGCGCCGGCGCACAUCCACAGACUCGCCCAUGAAGGCCAUGAAAACCGAGCUCCCCGAUGAACCCUUGUCCUCGGUACCAUCACCACCUGCAAAGAGGCGGGCCCGAAAACCAGCAAAGAAAACGACGGACCCUACGACUGGCGAAGAAAGGACAUCGCCCCCCUCAGACUGGCAAGAGAUGUACAAUGCCGUCAAGAAGAUGCGCGCCCCAGGUGGCGUGGCUCACGGCGCCGCAGUCGACACAAUGGGAUGCGAGAGGCUCGCAGACCGCAGCGCCUCCCCCAAGGACCAGCGCUUCCACACACUCAUAGCACUCAUGCUGUCGAGCCAGACAAAGGACACAGUCAAUGCCGUGGCCAUGAAGAGACUACAGACGGAGCUGCCGCCGCACAAGCCCGGCGCUCCGCCGGGGUUAAACCUGGACAAUGUCCUGGCCGUGGAUGCCAGUCUCUUGAAUCAGUUGAUUUGGGCGGUUGGAUUCCACAACAACAAGACAAAGUACAUCAAACAAGCAGCCGUCAUCUUACGGGAUCAAUGGAAAGGCGACAUCCCCGACACCAUCCAAGGCCUCACGUCGCUCCCCGGGGUCGGCCCCAAGAUGGCCCAUCUCUGCCUCUCCGCGGCGUGGGACCGCACCGAAGGCAUCGGCGUCGACGUGCACGUCCACCGCAUCACGAACCUCUGGGGGUGGAACAAGACGAAAAACCCGGAAGACACGCGCCGCGCACUGCAGUCGUGGCUGCCGAGGGACAAGUGGCGGGAAAUAAACUGGCUGCUCGUCGGGUUCGGGCAGGCAGUCUGCCUGCCGGUGGGGAGGAAGUGUGGCAACUGCGACUUGGGGUUGAAUGGGCUCUGCAAAGCCGCCGAGAAGAAAAAGGUGCUCGAGGCGAGGAGGAUAAAGGAACAAGUCCAGGUUGAAGGGAGUGAGGUAGCGGUGAAAAGGGAGGAGAUUGUCGAGCAAGUCGUGGUCAAGAAAGAGGCGGUCAGUGAACAAUGGCAAAUGUGA